UUCUCAUCUCUCCUUGUUUUGAUUCAUAUCACUAUGAUGGAUGCUGCAUCCUCUCUCUGUUCAGCCAGGGCAAAACUACCAGAAUGAUCAAGAGGAUUGUUUUGCUUUGUUCAGGAAGUCAGAUGCCUUGUAUAUAUUCAGCAUCCCAAGCAAACCAAGCUUGUGCUAAGGGGAACUGAACCAUAAUUAAAGCCUCCCUUUGGAUUUUCCAGCCUUCUUCCCUUCUGGACAGACAGCCUAGCUCAGGGUGUGGACCAAGGACUACAUAGGAAGUUUUGAUGAGCUUUUGCAGGUUUGGUGGCUGCUUCUCCAAGUGGCGCCUUGGAGUUUCUAACUGGCACCAUUACCUCCAACGAGUGGAGUUCUCCCACCUCCCCUGAGGGGAGCAACGACUCAGGGGGCAGUGAGGCCUUGGACAAGCCAAUCGACAAUGAUGCUGAGGGUGUGUGGAGUCCGGACAUUGAGCAGAGCUUCCAGGAAGCGCUAGCCAUUUACCCGCCAUGUGGGCGGCGGAAGAUCAUCCUGUCGGAUGAGGGCAAGAUGUACGGUCGAAAUGAGUUGAUUGCCCGCUAUAUUAAACUGAGAACAGGGAAAACACGCACAAGGAAACAGGUAUCUAGUCACAUCCAGGUGCUGGCACGUCGAAAAGCUCGAGAGAUCCAAGCCAAGCUAAAGGAUCAGGCAGCUAAAGAUAAAGCCAUGCAGAGUAUGGCCACAAUGUCAUCUGCCCAGAUCAUCUCCGCAACUGCCUUCCACAGUAAAAUGGCAUUGCCUGGCCUCCCACGACCAGCCUACCCUGCUGUUUCUGGGCUCUUCCAAGACCUAUCUGAACCACUGCAGGAGGAUACAGGCUUCCUUGGCCAUCGUUACAGACUUGUGUUUUGGCAAGGAGCUUUGCCUGGCCAAGCUGGACCCUCUCAAGACGUGAAGCCAUUUUCUCAGCAACCCUAUGCUGUUCAACCUCCACUCCCAUUACCAGUGUUUGAGUCUCCUGCUGGACUCUCACCGUCACCAUCAGCUCCACCAUGGCAAGGACGAAGGGUUGCCAGCUCCAAACUGUGGAUGUUAGAAUUUUCUGCAUUCUUGGAACAACAACAAGACCAAGACACAUAUAACAAGCACCUGUUUGUGCACAUCGGACAGUCCAGCCCCAGCUACAAUGACCCCUACCUCGAAGCAGUGGACAUCCGGCAGAUCUAUGACAAGUUCCCUGAGAAGAAAGGGGGGCUGAAGGAGCUCUUCGAAAGGGGGCCAGCCAAUGCCUUCUUCCUUGUCAAGUUCUGGGCUGAUUUGAACACCAACAUUGAAGAUGAAUCCAGAUCUUUCUAUGGUGUUUCCAGCCAAUAUGAGAGCCCAGAAAAUAUGAUCAUUACCUGCUCCACUAAAGUGUGCUCCUUCGGAAAGCAGGUGGUGGAGAAAGUGGAGACGGAGUAUGCCCGCUAUGAGAAUGGACACUAUUCCUAUCGCAUCCACCGCUCCCCGCUCUGCGAGUACAUGAUUAAUUUCAUCCACAAACUCAAACAUCUUCCAGAGAAAUACAUGAUGAACAGCGUGCUGGAGAACUUCACUAUUUUACAGCCAAUAAUGGCACCGAUAAAUGCUAUUUGCAUGCGUGCAGCUGCAUGCACGCACACAGCCAGGAAUGCAGCCCAGCAGCUCGGAGAGCAGUGCCCUGAAGGUCGUGACGAACAGGGACACUCAGGAGACUCUGCUGUGCAUAGCGUACGUUUUUGAGGUCUCCACUAGUGAUCACGGUGCUCAGCAUCACAUCUACCGGCUGGUGAAGGACUAAAGACUCUCUGCCCCUGGACCGCCUAUGGGAAUAUAUAUCUGAGGGAAAAGCCCAUGCCUGAACUACCCCCACCCCUUCCUGAUACCAAACUGAGAAAUAAACUUACAGAUAUUGUGUAUUUUCAGAAAA